GGUAGGUUAAACCGAGAGACAGAGAAUUUUAAGCAAAAAUACAUAAAUAAUGUCGUGUCUGCGCGCUGUGGCGGUGUUUCUUUUGUUCCUGGCGCGUCUGUCGGCGGCCAACGACAUCACCGAGGCCAUCUUCGGCAACGCGAGCCGCGGCAACGUGCCGGCCGCGUUCGGCGACUUCAACUCGGACAAGUUAACGGACAUUUUGGUCAUCAGCGACGACGGGCGCACCGUCAGAGUGCUGCUGGCGGGCCCCAAGGAGCCGGUGAUGAGCGCGUCCAACCUGACGUGCCGCUUCGAGCGCAAGGUGACCAGCGUGGUGCCUGGCGACUUCGACGGCGACGCCAAGAUGGACCUGCUGGUCACCACGACGCAAGAGAAGGGCAACACCUCGGUCUACGUGCUGUGGGGCGCCGAGAACAGCCUCCUCUGUCCGGACGAGCAGCAGCCGCUGGCCGUCACGUGGGACCAGCCGCUCGUGCUGGACGUCAACGACGACAUGAUCUCGGACCUCUUCGGGCAGAAUCCGCACAAAGAGCGGGUCUUCUGGAUCUUCGGCCCGAACCGCACGGCCCCCACUGUCCAGCGCAUGGACGGCGAGAGGCUCGCCCCCCUGCGCUAUCCGCACUCGCACUCCUUCCUCGACCUGGACGGCGACUUCGUGUCCGACCUGGUGCUCACCACCGACGAGGGCCUGGAGGUGUGGCGCGGCGUGGGCGGCGGCGAGGGCUUCCGCUUCAACCGCACCAUCCGCUACCCCGCAGGCGUGGACGCCGAGGCGGCCGGACAGAACGUGUUCGUGGACGCCUCGCUGGACGAGAGGCUGCAGCUGGUGCUGCCGGUGUGCUUCGGCGGCCACGCCCACUGCGCCGACAACAGCACCCUGUUCGUGCACGACGGCGUCAGGUGGCGCGAUUUGCGGCCCGACCUCAAGGAUCCGCAGGGCAACGCGUGGGGCUUCGUGCGGCCGGACGGACGCAAGUACACGGACGUGAUCACCCUGAGGGCCGGGGACUUCAACCUGGACGGCUACCCUGACCUGCUGGCCACCCUCAGCUGCAGGGACACCGUCCGCACGGUCAUCCUGGAGAACGUGGAGGUCGCCGACGGACGCUCGUUUGCCGUUCAGUGGCGCUCGCUCGGCGCCGCCAACGACACAGUCGCCGGCGCCUUUUUUGAUUUCUACCAGAAGGGCGUCCUGGACGUCCUGCUCGUACGGCGCGCCGCCAACGGCUCCACGGCCAUGAAGGCCUUCAAGAAUGGACUUGACUACGAUGCCAAUUUCAUGAAGGUGAUGGUGCUGACGGGCCUUGGCGCAUCCGGGUCCCUUUCGUACGGCACGAACCUGGCCGGUCCGCGCAUCUCGUACUUCACAGUAACGCAGGACGGAUCAGAGCGUUACGGUUGCGCGGCGCAGCUGUCGCAGAGCGCCCACUUCGCCCUCCAACUGCCCUACUCGAUCUUCGGACUGGGCCGGACGCCCAACUUCGUGGACCGCAUGACCACCGGCUACGCGGGCCACACGCGGGACUGGCUGCUGGUGAUCCCUAAUUCGCAGAUGGUAGUUGUGCCGCCGCCAGCCACGCAGCCCCAACAGCACUGGCGCAUGCAACUCUUUGUCACGCCCAGCCGCACUAUUCUCGAGACCAUGGCCGUGCUGCUCGGCACCUGUGUCCUCAAUGUCCUCAUCAUCGGUGGGCUGCACCUCAAGGAGAAGCGAGAGGAUCGGUUGGAGAAGCUGCAAGAGGCGCACCGCUUUCAUUUUGAUGCCAUGUGAUUUCACGGCAUACUCGUGUCUUGCCGCUUCGCGUGAAUUAUUUGUGUUUUGAGACGCUGAUUUUUCGUUACAAGUCUUUGGCUCUGCUCAGAUAAUUUUUUUUAGGUGAAUAAAUUUUUAAACUAAAUUGGGAAAGCCAAUGACCGUCCUUGGCGUAAAAGACUUCCCAUUAUGACGUGUUUAAACCCAAAAUUUGGUUUAGUUUAAGUUAAAAAUCAGUAAAACAAUCUGAAAGAACCGAUUUUGAUUUUCAGCACGUUUAAUUAAACAUUUCGUAGCUCAAUUAAAUUAGAAUUUGCAUCACUAAGCCGCAAAAUUGGUGCCAUUUG